CUCGCUACGUCCGGCGAUAGAAGCGACGACUAGGAAGCUGAGCCGCUGCUGAAUUGAGUUUCCCGCGUAGGACAAGUGAGCGGCUCUCAGAUUAAGUACAAUGCCUUGUAAAAAAAAAGCGGCAGCACCGGCUGCCAAAAGAGCCCCACCUAAACGCAAGCUGGCGGAGGAGUUUCCACAAGGAGAAGUUCUCACGGAUUCGGCAAAAAAGCAGUGGAAAUUGGGAGCGCCCAUCGGUCAGGGUGGAUUUGGACGUCUUUACCUUGCGGAUGAAAAUUCUUCCAAAACAGUUGGACCCGAUGCUCCUUAUGUCAUUAAAGUGGAACCAAGUGACAACGGACCCCUCUUCUCUGAACUCAAAUUUUACAUGCGAGCCGCCAAACCCGAUAUGAUUCAAAAGUGGACCAGCAGUCAUAAAUUAAAAUACCUUGGUGUACCCAGGUAUUGGGGAUCUGGGCUGCAUGACAAAAAUGCAAACAGGUACAGGUUUAUGGUCAUGGAUCGUUUUGGGAAGGACCUACAGAAAAUAUUUGAAGAGACUUCCAAGCGAUUCUCUCACAAAACUGUGCUGCAGUUAGGGCUGAGACUGAUUGAUAUUCUGGAGUAUGUACAUGAGCAUGAAUAUGUACAUGGAGAUAUCAAAGCCUCCAAUCUUCUACUGCAUCAUAAGCACCCUGAUCAGGUGUUCUUGGUGGAUUAUGGCCUGACUUACAGAUACUGUCCAGACGGUGUGCACAAGGAAUAUAAAGAAGAUCCCAGGAAAUGUCACAAUGGCACUAUAGAGUUUACAAGUGUCGAUGCUCACUUAGGAGUCAGUCCAUCAAGAAGAGGAGACUUAGAAAUCCUUGGCUAUUGCAUGAUUCAGUGGCUGUGCGGGAAACUUCCAUGGGAAGACAAACUGACGGAUCCAAAUUAUGUUGCAGACUCAAAAAGAAGUUAUUAUUCUGACAUACCAGCACUUAUAGACACGUGUUUCCCGGGAAAAAAGAAGCCAGAUGAGAUUACGAAGUACAUGGAGGCUGUUGCAGCGCUCGAUUAUACAGCUAAACCUCAGUACCAGAAGUUAAGAGACCUACUUCUACAGGGUCUGAAAUCUCUGGGUGCCAAGGACGAUGGGAAACUGGACUUCUCCUCCGCUCAGAAUGGAGAUGUUCCUGUAAAGGCCCAGAAGCGAAAGUUGCCAAAGACCUCUGAUGAAGAGGAGGCUGGACAAAGCGAAGUGAAGAGGAAGGCUCCCAGAGGGCGCCCUCGAAGAGCUGCUGCAACUUCACCAAAACCUGCUGCAACUUCACCAAAACCAUCACCAAAAGGAAGAGGACGCAGAAGAGUGAAGUAGCAGUGAUGUCUGUCAUAUUUUACAUGUGUUUUUAUGUUUUGUAUGGAGAACAUGUAUAGAUGUCCAUAAUCUUUUGAGAAUAAAGUUUUAUCCUCCAUUCUGUA